GCACUAACGGGGCGAGCCGUGUAGUCGGUCGUUGCGGCAGCACUCGAGCAGUGGAACGGCAGCUGCAGCAACGUCGCUGGGGGCUCGCUACCUCCAGGUCGGGCAAAACAGAAUUAGUGGGCAAAUCACAAUAAAACACAUAAGCGCGCAGAAAUCAGUCACUAUGGCCUCGUCCGCUAGCGGAGCGGAGGAAGUCCGCGUGUCAGUGUUGACGCCUCUGAAGUUGGUGGGAUUGGUAUGUAUUUUCCUCGCGUUGUGCCUGGACAUCGGGGCCGUGCUAAGCCCUGCGUGGGUCACCGCGGACAACCAGUACUAUCUAUCUCUGUGGGAUUCGUGCUGGAAACCGGCGGCGUCGGAGAGCUGGCGAUGCAGCACCACACUGGAGACGGACUGGCAGAUUGCCACGCUGGCCUUGUUGCUGGGCGGAGCCACCCUCAUUCUCAUCUCCUUCCUAGUGGGCCUGGUGUCUGUGUGCGUUGGGUCCAGGAGACGCUUCUACAGACCUGUCGCUGUGAUGCUGUUUGCUGCUGUGGUGCUCCAGGUGUGCAGUCUGGUUCUCUACCCCAUCAAGUUCAUUGAGACCAUCAGUCUGAGAAUUUACCAUGAGUUUAACUGGGGUUAUGGCCUGGCCUGGGGAGCCACCAUCUUCUCCUUUGGGGCGGCCCUCCUGUACUGCCUGAAUCCCAAGAACUACGAAGACUACUACUGACCCCGUGAGAGGGCCCAGACGAGCAGUGUACCCACAACGCACCCCCAUUUCCUUUACACGCAGCUGUCUGUGAUAGCAGCCCACACCCUGAGCUUUUCUCUGCAGAACUGACCAUCCUAACAAAGACACGGCACCUGCAGAAUGGGAGCACCCUUAAGAACGUCAGAGUCCCUUCAGAAAUGACCAUCCUAGUUUCUAAAGAACUGACCAGCUGAACAACAACAUGGUUUCUGCAGAACUGACUAUCCUAAUAAAGACACUGUCUCUGCAUCACUCCCCCUGCUAAGACACAUAUGUUGUCUGCUGAGCUCAUCAACCUAACACAUACAAAUGCACGCGCAUGCACACAUGCAUGCACACAAGCACACACAUAUGAUCAUUUGGGCUCUGUUUCACUGACCAUCCUAACACACAGUGAGUGCAGAACUGACCAUCCCAACACACAAAAGCACACUGGCUCUCCAAAACCGACCAUCAGAACAAUAACAGCACUGUCCCCGGUAGAACUGACCAUCCUAACACACAAUCUCUGCAGAACUGACCAUUUUAAAAAUACAUGGUCUUUGCAGAACAGACCAUCCUAACAACAACAUGGUCUCUGCUGAACUGAUAAACUGACCAGCACACGCUCACUCACAGACUGUGCUGGACUGACCAUCCCGGUAAAGACAGAGCCUCUGCAGUACUCCCCAUCCUUACAGAGACAUGACACACAUACACACCUGACCACCAGACACUCACA